AGUCCGGACAGGACUGGGAGGUUCUGGACGAGUCGGGCCGUGUGAAGUCGAGCGCGGAUGCCAGCAGGUCUGAUACAGGGAGCUGGCUGAAGCACAUCCAGUUCGCCCCGCUCGCCCACCAGCACAACCUGACUGCGUGCCAGAUAGAUGAUCAGAUAUUCUACAGAGUCACACAAAGUAUUGAACCUGGAGAGGAGCUCUUACUUUUCAUGAAGGCGGAGGAGUAUUCGUAUGAGGCCAUGGCACCUGACAUCCACGAAGAACGGCAGUACCGGUGCCAAGACUGCGACCAGCACUUUGAGUCGAGGACAGAGCUGCAGGACCACCGGAAGCAGCCGUGUGGUACCCCUCAUUCUGCUUUUUCUCUGGCGAACCCGGAGGACAGUCCCCACAGUGCCCAGGAGUGCAAGGACUGCGACCAAGUGUUCCCGGACACUCAGAGCCUGGAGACACACGCCCUGGCACACUCGGAGGAGCGCGAGUACAAGUGUGACCAAUGUCCGAAAGCGUUUAACUGGAAGUCCAAUCUGAUUCGCCACCAGAUGUCACACGACAGUGGCAAGCACUACGAAUGUGAAAACUGCUCAAAGCAGGUGUUCACGGACCCCAGUAACCUGCAGAGACACAUCCGUUCGCAGCACGUAGGGGCCCGUGCGCAUGCCUGCCCCGACUGUGGCAAGACCUUCGCCACAUCCUCGGGCCUCAAGCAGCACAAGCACAUCCACAGCAGUGUCAAGCCCUUCAUAUGUAAGUCACUCAGACCCUUCAUAUGUGAGGUGUGUCACAAGUCCUACACGCAGUUCUCCAACCUGUGCCGCCAUAAGCGCAUGCAUGCUGACUGCCGCACGCAGAUCAAGUGUAAGGACUGCGGCCAGAUGUUCAGCACCACAUCGUCGCUUAAUAAGCACCGCCGCUUCUGUGAGGGGAAGAACCAUUUUGCCGCGGGAGGACUGUUUGGCCAGGGUAUUGCUAUCCCAGGGACACCGUCGUUAGACAAGGCAGGAAUAGAUGGCAUGGGCCACGGCAGCCCCGGACUCACAGACUACUUUGGGGCCAACAGGCACCACAGCGGACUGACCUUCCCCACGGCACCCACGUUCCCCUUCAGCUUUCCUGGACUAUUCCCCUCCGGACUGUAUCACAGACCUGCGCUCAUUCCCACCACCUCCCCGAUGAAAGGUCCCGCCGGUUCAGAGCAUCCGACCAAGAGCCCGCUUCUGGACUCCCUGCAACGAACCCAUGGUGCUCGGGACCUGCUGAAAGUCCUAGAUAAAGAGUCAUCUCUCAAGGAGCCCCAGGUUCCAGAGCGCCACACACAGGCCUCCUCUGAGCACAGACGUGUGGGUAAACUGAGCGACCAGUCAGAAAGCAGCGACCUUGAUGACGUGAGCACUCCGAGCGGCAGUGACCUGGAGAGCACUUCUGGAUCGGAGCUCGAGAGCGACCUGGAGAGCGACCGGGAGAGGACUAGGGAGAACGGCAAAGUGGCCAAGAGAAAGUCCGGAAGCCCUCAGGGCCUGCCCUUAGUCAACAGCAGUGCCAAGGACUUUGGUAGCAGUGGUCUGUUUCAGCCCACGCUGGACGAACACACGGCUGUGUCCGGGGCAGUCAACGACUCCAUCAAGGCCAUUGCUUCCAUUGCCGAAAAAUAUUUUGGCUCUACGGGACUCGCCGGCCUGCAGGACAAAAAGGUGGGUGCACUGCCGUACCCAUCCAUGUUCCCCCUUCCCUUCUUCCCAGCCUUUUCGCCACCUCUCUACCCCUUUCCUGAAAGAGACCUGCCUCCAUCCACCUUGAAAGGGGAGCCCGAGUCUCCCCCAGCUGAGGCCAAGAAGGGCCAAAUCAGGAAUUCCGAGUCGCCCUUCGAUCUCACCACCAAGCGCAAAGAGGAGAAAAUGUCCCCAUUUGCGUCCUCAAAACCGGACGCGUCGCACGUCUCCAGUCAGGACCAGCCUCUGGACCUGAGCAUGGGCUCCAGGAAUCGCAGUGGCAGUGGCAAGGCAGAGGAUUCCAGAAAGAACCACAUGUUCAGGGAGGAGAAGUCAUCUGAGACCGAGCCACCCAAAGCAGACUCCUCACUUCAGCACGCUCGUCCAACACCUUUCUUCAUGGACCCCAUCUACAGCAGGGUUGAGAAAAGGAAGAUCAAUGAUCCGUUUGAAGCGCUGAAGGACAAGUACAUGCGACCAGCCCCUGGCUUUCUCUUCCACCCACAGUUUCGUGUGCCAGAUCAGCGGACGUGGAUGUCAGCCAUAGAAAACAUGGCCGAGAAACUGGAGACGUUCGGCUCACUCAAGCCGGACGCCGGCGACCUCAUGCGCAGCGUCCCGUCCAUGUUCGACUUCAGGGCGCCCCCGAGCGCCAUCCCCGACAGCCUGCUGCGCAAGGGCAAGGAGCGCUACACCUGCAGGUACUGUGGGAAAAUAUUCCCACGGUCGGCCAACCUGACACGUCACCUGAGGACACACACGGGAGAGCAGCCCUACAGGUGCAAAUACUGCGACCGCUCCUUCAGCAUCUCCUCGAACCUGCAGCGCCACAUCCGCAACAUCCACAACAAGGAGAAGCCCUUCAAGUGUCACCUGUGCGACCGCUGUUUCGGCCAACAGACGAACCUCGACCGACACUUGAAGAAACACGAGAAUGGGAACCUCUCAGGCACGGCCAUGUCAUCCCCGCGGUCGGAGCUGGACAGUAGCAGCGCUAUCCUGGACGACAAAGAGGACUCUUACUUCAACGAAAUACGAAACUUCAUCAGCAACACGGGCCAGAGCCAGGCGUCCCCCGAGCCUUCGGAGGAAGGGUUGAACGGCAAUCGGUUCGAGGACGAGAAGCCUCUGCCCAGCCAGGGGUCGCAUGACCUGGAGGAAGAGGAAGGAGAGGAGCUGGGCGUCAACGAAGAGGAAGGGCAACAUAAUGAUUCUGUGGGGAAGUCCAGGGAUGAGCCCCUCCCUGGCAACAUGGACGAUGACAUCAUUCACAGCGAGGCCGAGUUUGAAGAAGCGAAUGACAGCAACCUCAAUUGCAAGGGCUUCCCCAGGAGAUAUGAGGAUGACGAGGAGCAGAGCAGCUUCUCUGCACUGGAACACAUUCGACACCUUUCUGACAUUCGCAAGAUGGAGGAGAGCGAGUUCAGUGACAGCGACGCCAGCUUUGCCGCCAGCCACCUUUCCGAGGCUAUUAACCCACCACUUUACAGGAAGUCCAAGUCCCAGGCUUAUGCCAUGAUGCUCUCACUGGCGGACAAGGAGGCUCUCCAUGCGGCCACCCACACCCCAGCCAACGUGUGGCAUACCCUGGCUCGGGCUGCUGCUGAGUCCAGCGCCAUCCAGUCCCUCAGCCACGUAUGAUAUCCGCAACCUGCCCGAGUCCACCGGCCGCACCGGGGCCAAGAGGCCUAGGCCCUAGGCGAAGCCACCUGAAACCUCGACCUGUUCCACAUCGCUGAGCAGAAAGCCUUAUACAUCAGCAUGAUCACCACUCUCACUGGAACCUGAAAUCAAAUAAGAACAUGAACAGAAAAAAAACAUAUUGACCUUAAUUCAAUUUAUGAUAUUAAUAGCAGUGAUGAUUAUGAUGAUAAUGAUAAUAAUAAAAGAUAACUAUUUAUUGUGUUUAAUUUUAAUGUUUUGCACAGCAAUGGCAGCUGGUGAUUAGGAAGAUCAGUGUGACAUUAAAAGUAAUGCUCACUUAGAAUAAUGGACGAAAUAGGGUCUGUCAGGCUGAGAGUCUUCCAGAAAGAAAUGGAAAAUUUAAUCUGAACCUGAGCACUCCAUCUGAUUUUUGUGUAUGGAUCUCCCUAUAAAAGGGCAAGGGUCCCGGUGAGGGUAAAUUAGUGUUUAGUUUUUAAAGUGUGAUCCCCUUUACCGUCAACAUAAACCCAACUCUUGCAGCACAUACGUAUGCGAGACUCACGAAGGAAAAGAAGCAGCGUCAACGUAGGUUUGAAGUGAAUUCCAAUUCUCUGCGGUAGAUACCGUUGAGGAGGAAACAGCUCACAAGUGAUUUUCUUGCCGAGUGUCAAGAAUUCACAACGUCGUGUGUAUCUGCACAAUCAAAGCACUGUCUAAAGCCGUCUUGAAACUGUUCAGUACUGUGCUCUUUCCCAGCAUACGAAACCUUCAACGAACAGAGAAAAAAUGACCUUUGUUUCAGUGGAAAACCACAAACUUUUUUGUGAGGUGAAAAAAGUUGCGAGUACUGACUUUUCUUACCAUGCAGUGAAGGGCCUUUUCACAUCUUAGCUCCUUGUAUUCUGUCAAUGACCACUAAAUAACCUGAAUGCUAGUUGUUAACUACUCCAUUUUUGUGUCUGUCAUUUUUAGACAAUCAUGUUUUACUUUCGUUGUUGUUGUUGUUAUUGUUGUGUAUGUUGGGAAUUGUAUUUAUUUCUUGGCGAACUGUAGUUUGUUUACUGAAUAGCACUGCUCUUAUCCCAGCGAAGGGAAGAUUCCCCACUGGACCUGAUUCAGAAGUUAAUGGGUUUGUAGAAUUACAAUACCAUGAGAACCGGUUAGUAUUACAUAUGCUGUUCACUUCUUUAUUCCUCUAAUUAAACUGUUGAUGAAAUAGAUAUUAGGUUUUUGUAUGACAUUUUAUUGAUUCAGUUGUAAAAAAAGAGCUAAAGAAUAAAAAAUAGCAGGUAUUAUUUCCUCAUAAUCGCAUGAUUGGUCUGAAUAGAACUGUAUCUCAUAUUUUUUACAGUGGUCUGCAAGCUUGUGUGAUGUUCGGUCCAUGUUAAUCUUUUGUGCCAAACCUAUAUUAAAUAACAGAUUAUUUUCUCUUAUUUUCCCAAAUUGAG